AUGUUUGCCCUAGCGAGGAUUAGUCUUGUUCGAGGCACUCGACUAGUGAAUAUAAAACGAGGGAAGGGAACCAAAAGAAGAAAAGAUUUAGAUGAUCCCACUCAUCCCAACAACCUCCUCCAGUUGGAAAUCCAAGAGUUUGCCAAACAAAUGGGUGUAGCAACUGCUAAUAUUCUCAAUUGGGAUGACUUUAUCGUGCAUGAGUUUUUCGAAAUGAAGGGAAAGAACAUUGAGGUCAAUACCAUGAUUCAUGGGAUGACUACCCUGGGAGUAGGAGUAGCCCUAGUUCCCAAGUGCGAUUAUACUGUUGGUUUCAAUGGGGACCUUACUGACAAGUACACUGUAGUGUUUGUUCCCAAGACGUACACUGGUGAUGAAGUUACCAUUACAGUAAAGAAACACUUUGAAAUGCAUGCCGAGGGUGAAGUACUCAAGGUUCAUAAUCUCGGCAAGAAUCCACUCAGGAACAACGAUUUAAUUAAAUGCAGGCACUUUGAAACGUGCAAUGGUUGUCAAUUGCAAAUGGUGCCUCAUGAAGAACAAUUGAACUUUAAACAAACAAUUAUUCAACGUGCUUACAACUAUUUUUAUCCGGAAAUCUUCAACCUGUGGGAAGAUGAAAAGACCAAAUUUGGCAGAGUAAUAAGUUCUCCCUUGCAAUACGGUUACCGUACCAAGAUAACCCCACACAGUGCAUACUACAAGGGAAGAGAUAAUCUUGUAAUUGGAUUUCAAAGUGUAAAUAGUUUUGAAACUGCUGAUAUUGAACAAUGUCCUAUUUCUUCUCUUGAAAUCAACAAAAAGUAUGCUGAACGCAGAGAGGAAUUCAUCAAUGAUUAUCUUGCCAUGAGACAAAUUGACAAGCAUGUGGCUAGAGUUGGACAUUAUUUCAGUUUUAGAAACUCUAUCCACAUAGAUAGAAAUACGCGUCAGAUCCAACAAAUUGCAGUUGAAGGACAACAGAAGAUAAUUACCGAGAGAGUUGAAAAGUAUUACUACCAAUUUGAUGCUUCUAGUUUCUUUCAAACCAAUAGUUCGAUCUUGCCAUUAGUGUUAAAGUAUAUUCGAACACAUAUAAAAUCUACCAAAGCUCCAAUUGACAAUUUGGUAGAUACCUAUUGCGGAGUAGGGUUCUUUGGGAUUGCUCUUAAUAAAGAUGUGAAAAAGAAAGUCCUAGGUAUUGAGUUGGGCUCAAAAAUGAUUGAGUUUGCCAAACAUAAUGUCAAGUUGAAUAAAUUGGAUGCGGAAAGAAUCCAGUUUACCGACGGUGACGCCAGUAAUAUUUUCCAGAACCAACACUUGGAAGACAUGAAGGGCCAGAAUAAUAUGGUGAUUGUAGAUCCGUCAAGAACUGGUUCAAAUAAACAAUUCAUGACUCAACUAUUGGAAUUUGAACCAGAAUUGAUUGUCUACGUUAGUUGUAAUGUGUUUACGCAAGCUCGUGAUUUGGAAAUGUUUGAAAAGUUGCAAGGAAAGUCGAAUGUAAAAUAUAGAGUCAAGGAUGUUGUUGGGUUUGAUUUCUUUCCUCAAACAAAACAUGUGGAGACCGUGGCUAUAUUAGAGAAGGUGUAA